UGUCACUUCCUUGACGAAUUCUAUAUACCUAGUUCGUUUUUUCUUCCUCAAAAACAAAAUAAAUAUCAAUUUUAUUUGGUUUUUGUUUGGUGGUGGUGCAACUUCACCUCACAAUAUACUUUUUUUUUUCUCGAGUUAGGCCUUUUCUUGAUUCAUAGAUGAGUCGUCUCGUCUAGUCAUCUGGAUUUGAUGUGGUUAUAGUCUUUUACACAGAGAGACCUUUUGAUUUGAAAUAAGAACAAAAGCAAGAAUACAUACAUCUCCUUCAUCUUUGCACCCAUCUCUUUUUUUUAUUUUUUCUAGGGUUUUUUUUUUUUUUCUUUGAUUUUUUUUUUUAUAUUCUCUUUAUCUCUCUCUUUACUCAUCUGGGUAUGGAAGAAUACCAACAUGACAGCAGCUCUACUCCUCAUAGAGUAAGUUUCUUGUACUCUCCAAUCUCUUCUUCUUCCAACAAAAACGAUAACACAAGUGAUACCAACAAUAAUAAUAAUAAUAGUAACAAUUAUGGUCCUGGUUACAACAAUACUAAUAACAAUCAUCAACAACAACAUCACCAACACAUGUUGUUCCCACAUAUGAGUUCUCUUCUCCCUCAAACAACUGAGAAUUGCUUCCGAUCCGAUCAUGAUCAACCCAACAACCCAUCUGUUAAAUCCGAAGCUAGCUCCUCAAGGAUCAAUCACUACUCCAUGUUGAUGAGAGCCAUUCACAAUACUCAAGAUGCUACUAAUAAUGACAACGUCGCCGAUGUAGAAGCCAUGAAGGCCAAGAUCAUUGCUCAUCCUCACUACUCUACUCUCCUUCAAGCUUACUUGGACUGCCAAAAGAUUGGAGCUCCACCUGAGGUGGUUGAUAGAAUUACCGCGGCACGGCAAGACUUCGAGGCGCGGCAGCAGCGGUCAACACCGUCCUUGUCCACCUCGUCGAAAGAUCCAGAAUUGGAUCAAUUCAUGGAAGCAUACUGUGACAUGUUGGUUAAAUAUCGUGAGGAGCUAACACGGCCCAUUCAAGAAGCAAUGGAGUUUAUACGUCGUAUUGAAUCUCAGCUUAGCAUGUUGUGUCAGGGUCCCAUUCACAUCCUCAACAAUCCUGUAGAUGGGAAAAGUGAAGGAAUGGGAUCAUCAGAUGAAGAACAAGAGAAUAACAGUGGAGGGGAAACAGAAUUACCCGAAAUAGACCCGAGGGCGGAAGACCGGGAACUCAAGAACCAUUUGCUGAAGAAGUAUAGUGGAUACUUGAGCAGUUUGAAGCAAGAACUGUCCAAGAAGAAAAAGAAAGGUAAACUCCCUAAAGAAGCAAGGCAGAAGCUUCUCACGUGGUGGGAGUUGCAUUACAAGUGGCCAUAUCCUUCUGAAUCAGAGAAGGUGGCAUUAGCGGAAUCAACAGGUUUAGACCAGAAACAAAUCAAUAACUGGUUCAUAAACCAAAGAAAGCGUCACUGGAAACCAUCUGAAGACAUGCAGUUCAUGGUCAUGGAUGGUCUGCAGCACCCGCACCACGCGGCUCUAUACAUGGAUGGUCAUUACAUGGGUGAUGGACCUUAUCGUCUCGGACCAUAAGACAUCGUCCAAAAGCAUUAGCCACAUAAUAACAACCUCUUGUUGCUUUUUCUUUGUUACAAUUCAUGUUUUGAACACCCCUACAUGAUCAGUUUGCUACUUAUAGCUUUCUUUGUUUUGUAAUGUCUUAUGUCGCUUGGGAAGUUUGAUACUUCCUUAGUCCGAGAGAUCCCUUCAUUUUUACUUUGUUUAUUUAUUUUCUUACUAAUGUUUUAUUCAAUAAUGUGUGAAAAGAAAAUGGUAUUUUGAAA